AUGGAUGCUCCCAUGGGUGACUCGGAAAAUCGGGCUCCACUUAAUUCCGGAGCAAACCUGAGUAUACGCUUCAGUGAGGAAGACAUUGAAUCGGAGAGUGAAGUGAAAUCGCUGGACUUGCGGACCAUCUGCUCUGCCAACUGGGCUCAGGACACGAAGUUAAAUUUAACUGUACUGAGUGACAACCAAGGACACACUUACUCAAUGAUGCUGCGCGAGUUUUCAGCCAUUGGGUCACUAUCAGAGACGUUUCAAAGCUGGAAAAGACUCUUAUCGGUAAGUCUUAUCAAAGACAAGUUGGAAACCGCAUUAGGUGAGACAGAGAUGAUAGCCGAACUAUGUACAUACAUAGAACAAGCAGAUUGCGAGAAAACUCGCCUCCAACUAGAAGGUGAUCGACUACUAGAGGAGAACGUUUGGCUAGGUGAAAUGAAGCAAUUACUAAGAGAAAGGUUGCACAAAAUUAAAGACAAGUUGAGGCAAGUAGAAGCCGAAAGGGAUGCACGACAUUUUAUUUAUAAGAUGCGCUAUGCAGGACAGGAUCCGCAACCAACAAGACUCAGGUUAGAUCCAGCUGUUCUGGACGGCAUGCAUAUUGAGGCAUUUCUUUCACCCAGGACAAAAAGUAUUUAUAACCUGGCGGCGAAGCAUAUAGCCGAGGGCCGUUUGGACGUGGCAGUGGCUGUGUGCACGCAACUAUUACGUGACCAAACAAGAACGGCUGAAUUGACUGAAAUGGAGCAUGCUGUAAUAAAUUUCCUGUUGGGUAUAGUACUCUUACAGAAGGGUAGAUUAAGGGAAUCGCUCACAAAUAUGGAAGACGCCCUCGAAACGUUUGAAAGCAAUUUGGGAAACAAACAUCCCAGCCUGUGCUUCCUACUCAAGCAGCUUGCUGAAAGCAACUCGGAGAUGGGAGAUCUCAGAGCAACAGAGGAAUACAUGCGUCGAGCAAUCAGAUCGAUGCGGGUCACCUUUGGUGACAAUAAUGAUGAAACCACGAAGCUAGAAAUGGAACUCUGCGAUGUGUUGAUGCAGUUAGAACGAUACGCAGAUGCAAUGGAGCUAAGUUCGUCAAUUGUGUCAAGCGUUCAAUCACGUCAUCCAGUUCAGGAGCCUAUUGUGAUCGGGGCAAGGACACUGCUGGCGAGGGCGCAAUUCAAAAGUAAACAAGAAGAUACGGCGCUUGCCCAUGUGAAAAAGAUAUUACAGGAGUGCUUCCCAAGGAGAGAUUUUCAAACCAUUGCAGAAGUUGUGGAAGCAGCUGAGUAUGAGGAGGAACACCGGUGCACCAAGUUAUUGGAUACGUAUGGAGAGGUGCAAAACUCUCAAGAGAAAGAGCUACUCAAGUUAUUGAGUGAAAUAUAUAAUGCUCAAGGCAGAAGAAAAGCGGCUCAACAAAUAGAAUACAUACUCAGCUGCUACUCACAAUGUUCCGAUAAGACAACGGCAUAG